CCGCUACGUCAUCUGCCACGUGGUCAGCCCGGAAGUUCGCUGCCCGGUGUGCUUCCUAUGUCAACAUCUCUCUCAACACGCUUAACGUUGUAGCCGGAACAGACUUAAAUACUACACCUUUUGCUUUUUAUUCCUUUAGUUUGUAACUGCGGUUGUUUCCUUUGCGCUUGCCGGCAGCGAUGGCCCAGGAGGCGUGCCGCCUGAGAGCACAGCUCAAGGAGCAAGAACAAGAGAUUGCUGUUCUGAGGAAUAAAUUGGCUCAACUGGAAAAGAGCCAUAGCUCAGUGCCAGAGCUGCAUGAGGAGGUGACACCCCUAACCCCACUGAAAGCCAAACCAGCCCUCAGCAAUGAGGACAUCAUGCGGUACAGCAGGCAGCUCCUUCUGCCGGAGCUGGGUGUACAAGGUCAGAUGAACUUGUCCAAGACCUCUGUGCUGAUUGUUGGCUGUGGAGGACUAGGCUGCCCCCUGGCACAGUACCUUGCAGCAGCAGGCAUUGGGCGCCUGGGCUUGCUGGACUAUGACGAGGUGGAGCUCAGUAACCUGCACCGACAGGUGCUACAUGGGGAGGAGAGCCAGGGCCAGGCCAAGGCUCUGUCCGCUGCCAAUGCAGUAAGAAGGUUGAACUCUACUAUAGAGUGUAUUCCCUACCACCUGCAGCUAUCGUCAGAGAAUGCCUUGCAACUCAUUCAACAAUAUGACAUCGUGGCUGAUUGUUCAGAUAAUGUCCCCACUCGUUAUCUGGUGAAUGACGCCUGUGUCCUCAGUGGCAAACCUCUGGUGUCAGCAAGUGCCCUGAGAAUGGAGGGACAGUUGACAGUAUAUAACUAUCGUGGAGGCCCCUGCUACAGAUGUCUGUACCCAGUGCCCCCACCCCCAGAGACAGUGACCAACUGUUCUGACGGAGGAGUGUUAGGAGUGGUUCCGGGGAUAAUGGGCUGCUUUCAAGCUUUGGAAGUCGUCAAGAUCGCCUCUGGACAAGGCUCUUCCUGCGCCCAGCGGCUGGUCCUGUUUGAUGCUCAGGAUGCGAGGUUCAGGUCUAUCAAGUUGCGGCCUAAGCAGGCUGGCUGUGCAGUGUGUGGAGAAAACCCCAGUGUGACCAAGCUGGUGGACUAUGAGAGCUUCUGCGGGUCUGCUGCCACAGAUAAGUGCCGCAAACUCAACCUCCUCUCCAGAGAUCAGAGGAUCACAGUACAGGAUUAUCAAUCGAUAAUGGACAAUGCAGAGCCCCACCUUUUGUUGGAUGUGCGCCCUCUUGUGGAGGUGGACAUAUGCCACAUACCCUUCUCUCUCAGUAUCCUUUUAGUGAUGGAGAACCAAAAUCAGUUUCACUGUGUCAUAAUCCCGCACUUCUACUUCAUGUUUGUCCCGUUUCCCCAUCUAUGUGUGAUUAUUCUCCUUAUGUUGCCGCCAGACAUCCCACUCUCGAGUUUAGAGGAGAGAAAGAGUGAACACAUCCAAUUAUUUCGGGAGAGAAUCAGCCAAUUGGAACGGCAGGUUGCAGGUGGCUGCCGGCCUCCAGUGUAUGUGAUCUGUAAGCUGGGGAAUGACUCCCAGAAGGCCGUGCAGGUUCUGGAGAAGAUGAGUGGAUCGGAAGUGGACAGCAUCACAGUGAAAGACAUCCGCGGAGGCCUAAUGGCCUGGGCAAAGAGAAUAGACCCCACAUUUCCACAGUAUUAAUCCAUUAAACGGCUUUUCUUUUAAUAA